CGCGUAAUAUCUUUGGAUACUGUGUGAUAACACGUAUUGACUAUCGGUAAAAUUCACAUAACUGUUAGUCAACUGUUGAUUAUUUUUUCACAAGGUCACUACUUUGAAAACAACCGCCUGCAGCGGCAUCUCCACUCCCUAUUUUCUCUCCCCCUCCCCUUCACGUUCGCCCCAAACUAUCCUGCUCCCUUUUUUCACUCCCCGUUCUGUUGGAGGCACAUCGAUAAUCUACUCCAGUCAUCUUCUUUUCUUUGUUUUAUCGAUUACCACACCAGUGUUUUAAUGUCACGUCAAGAAAGACGCUUACCAAAAUGGAGAUAUCACAUCAACUCCGUUGGGACCAAGUCCUGAUUUUGGCAGCGACACUUAUGUCACCUGCAAUCACUGUGUUGUGUAAUGACAUCCUGGGUCUGAAGGUGGCAGGAGAUCCGGUUCUGACCCCUAACUCUGUCUGCCUGCGGCUGGCGGGCCUGAGCAAGCGUCAGAUUCGUCUGUGUGUGCAAAGCCCCGACGUGACGGCCUCUGCACUGCAGGGCAUCCAGGUGGCCAUCCACGAGUGCCAGCACCAGCUCAGAGACCAGCGGUGGAACUGUUCUGCUCUGGAGAGCCACAGCAAGCUGCCCCACCAGAGUGCCAUCCUCAACAGAGGCUUCAGGGAGAGUGCCUUCUCUCUGUCCCUGCUGGCAGCGGGCGUGGCCCACUCCGUGGCUUCCGCCUGCAGCCUAGGCAAGCUCCGGGGCUGCGGCUGCGAGGCCAAGCGUCGCCUGGACGAGGAUAAGAUUCGCCUCAAACUCACCCAGCUGCAGCUGCAGACCCUCCAGAGGGGAGGAGCCAGAGUGGGCAUGGGAGUAGGUGGUGGAGGAGGGGCACACCCCCAGGAGAUCAGAGAUGUGCCAGCCAGCCUGCGUUCUGGUUCAACCCACCCCUCCUCCCUCCUCAAGCCCCUACCAGAGGACCUCAGUCCCCUGCAGGAGACCUGGGAGUGGGGGGGCUGUAGCCAUGACGCCCGCUUCGGGGAGAGAUUCUCCAGGGAUUGGUUGGACUCCCGGGGCUCCCCAAGGGAUAUCCACGCCCGCAUGAGGAUCCACAACAACAGGGUUGGCCGGCAGCUAGUGACUGACAACAUGAAGAGGAAGUGUACAUGCCACGGCACGUCAGGCAGCUGCCAGUUCAAGACCUGCUGGUACGUGUCCCCAGAGUUCAGACUGCUGGGGUCUCUGCUCAGGGACAAGUUCCUCUCCGCCAUCUUCAUUAACUCCCAGAACAAGAACAACGGGGUGUUCAACCCCCGGGUCGCAGCCGGGAAUGGUGCCUCGAAUGGGGUCAGGAAUGGCGCCGAAGGGCCUACUGGGCCUGGGGGCGCGGGGAGCCCAAACAAUGGGGGACGGCGGAGGAGCGGUGUGUCACGUGAGCUGGUCUACUUUGAGAAGUCGCCAGACUUCUGUGACCGGGAGACGUCCCUGGACUCUCUGGGUACUCGGGGCCGGAUCUGCAACAAGACCAGCCACAGCAUGGACAGCUGCGGGUCCCUGUGCUGCGGAAGGGGACACAACAUCCUGAAGCAGACACGUAGUGAGAGGUGCCACUGCCGCUUCCACUGGUGCUGCUACGUGCUCUGCGAGGAGUGCAGAGUCACAGAGUGGGUCAACGUCUGCAAGUAGAUAGGUACAUGACCUGCCAAGGCUCCUGAAAGGAACCACCCAAUAGGACGCAGCGUGGCACCUGGAUUCACCCAUUGACUCCCCAGUGUACUACGCGCCAACCACCCAAGCAAACCUUUCCUUUGGUACAAUGGGUAGACGAUCCACUUCAUCUACUAAGGCCUGACACUUAGUUACUUACUGGUAAUCCUCUUCAUGCAUUGGGACGCAUGGGCCUCCGCAAGAGAGUCCGACUGUUUCUAGUCAGCAGGUUACUUGGUUAGCGUUCAUACAGGCGAGGCCACACUCUUUCAUGCCCUUCUUAACAGUCCUUCCCCAGGUUUCUCCUGGACAUAUCCAGGACACAGGAUGGCAAAAUGAAAAUCCACCCUUUAGCUUUGUCCAAUAUACACACAUCCACCCAACCAAACCUUUCAUUUCAGACUCGGUGUUUGUUUUUCUAUUUGCGUCGGGCUAAAGUCUCCCACAGAAUGUGUUUAUCCCCCACUUCUCUCUCCUUUUUCUUUUUCCGUCAUCUGGGAUCUAUUUUCCCUUUGUUGCCUGUCAAAAUGCCAAGUCAGAGGUUGAAGACGAGGUGACUCAUGUCAUUUGUCUGUCUUUCCUCUGCCUGUUUAGAUGCAGCCCUUUCAGCCAUGGAAAUCUGAAUGUCCUGGACCCCAUCUGGUGUUCUGUUCUGUUCUCCCCUGCUCUCUUACUCGGGAACAAAGAACAUCUCAGACAGCAGAAACACAUUAUCAUUUCAACUAAGUAAUGCCCAGGCUAGUAUCACAGUGUACCAUUUUUUGUUUACACGAAAAAAAUCUAUAUUAAUGUUUGUGUGUGAACUUAUGUUGCCUUCCUUGCUUGGCAUAGGCUGUGUGGGACCAUUUUAUGAGAGGAACAUAUGAGGCCCAAUGACUGAAUGUUGCUCUGCUCAGGAUGAAGUUGAACUGAAGCUGUUAUAAUCGACAAAGCCUGAACCCAACAGGGAGACGCUGGAAAACGGACAUGCCAUGAGUUCUGAUAUGGAGUGUGUUAAUGAACUCCAGAGGAUGAUUAUACUCAUUGGAUGUUUUGCACCUACGCCUCAAGGCCACAGGGUUUCAAUUCUUUAGCGCCGGUUCUCCAUGACAAGAACCAGGAUGAACUAACGAAACAGUACUAAAGAGAACCAGGCAUGAAGGUUCCUCAACGUGUUUCCAUUACCAAUGGAAACAGAACUGGAGUGACUAGGAAUCUAGUGGGGACAGUUUGCUCUGCCCAUUGGUUUUCUUGGAUCGACUGGAGGAGAAAAUCCGUGUCUGAAUCUUCUUUGAAGCAAUUUACCAUUGAUUUGGUGGAAUGCUCUCGGUCCGUCUCCAAACUGAACUGCAGGUCAUUGAGGCCAUGCCUUAGAAUUGCAACCGUCGUUACCACAAACUGUAUUAUUGCUGUUUCUUUUGUUUUGUGAUGUUGUUUUGUGAAUCAAUAGAAUUAUUACGUCACAAAUAUGCCUAUACUUAUUUCUGCCGGACGGAGUUCUCUCAUUCCAUUGUGAGAGCCGAGGUUAGGUGUUUGCGCGCCUGAAACUUUCCAAUGCUGCUAAAUGUGUGGGGAAGAGUGUACAAGUGUAGGGUUGGAGGUAUAGGGCACAAGUCUAUAGGUCUGCUCUACACUCCACACGGGAGAGAGGUGGUGAGACUCAUUUUAUGGCCGCUUCCUUCAUGCAGAGAGAGGUGUUUUUUUUUAUGGCAGCAGGAUAUUGUUUCCCGAACGAAUGACUUUUAUUACUAGAGGAGAGAGGAUUGAGGAGAGACAGGGGCGAUUAUACCCGUCUCUCUCUCUGUUGUGUGUGUGUGUGUGUGUGAGCCUGGGAUCAUCUGUCCAGGGUUCACAGCCAAGGGAGACUCACUGCACAAUGUUGUGCUGCUACUGAAGACACUGUGUCCCUUUCUGUCUAAGUCAGAGACAGACAAACAGAGAGACAGAGCUCUUGCGUGAUUUACACACUCAUCCCACAUACCGUCCAGGGCCUGGCAAGAUUAAAGAUAAGAACAUUCUUAGAUCCACACAUAUGGGGGAUAUACAAACUUGAUGCGAUCCAGCUUGUCUUAGGCCUUCAAUGGUCAAUAUUACUUUGUUUGUGUGAACAUGAGUCCACUGAUUGAAACACCCUUUAGGUAGACUAAAAGUGACUGACUGUCCCAAUAUCUGGAUCAAGCGCGCUCACCCUGGUAUUUAGUGAGAGAAUAUGAGAGAGGGGGACACUGAGAGGGACUGCCAUGGGAUUGGAAUGAUAAGGGAUAACUCGAUCUCUGGUUUGCAUUUCUUCAUUCCUAUAUCAUUUCACCCUGGAGCUGCUGCUGCUGUUGCGAAGGGGAAUUUCCUGUCACCGUUUCUCCCCAUGUGUGAGACAGAGGUUGGACAGCCCUGGGUCGCUUUGUCGUCUUUUUUUCUCCCUCUGUCUGUGUCAGUCUCUCAGUCUCUGUCUCACUCGCUCUCUCUCCCACUCCUUCUUCUUCUCCUCUCUCCUCCUCUCCUCUCUCUGUCUCCCUGUCUCCCUCUCUCCUUCUCUCCCCCUCUUUCUGUCUCCCUGUCUCCCUGUCUCCCUCUCUUCUCUAUGCCCUCUCUCGCUUGCCCAAUGA